CUUUCUCUCUCUUAUUGCCUUCCCUCUUCUUCUUCUUCUUCUUCUUCUUCUUCUCUCGUGAGCUCUCCUCCUUAGAAACAGGGGUAGAACAGAGCACAAGAUGCUCUCCCGGGUUAACGGCAUCGUCUGGAUGGAGGACGGCGUCGGCGCAGGAGGCGACGACGAGGACGCCGCCUCCUGGCCGCGGCCCAACCCCGGUCGAGCCGACGGCGCCGCCGAGAACAAGGACGAGGUGGGCCUCGCCGGCUUCAAGUCCUUGCUCGACGACGACUGGUACAUCGGCGGCGGGACCGCCACCACCGACCCCGGCCCAUCCACCCAUGAGGGCUUCGAUGGCCUCCCGACCCAUCAUGACCUCAAAGGCGUCGCCUUUUCUUCGAACGCCUCGCCGGCGGAGGCUCUGCUUCUCCCUCCCGUGGAAUCCUCCUCCUGUUCCCCCUCCUCUGUCUUCCACCUCGACCCCUCCCUGCCCUUCUUCCCGCCAAAGUCCGCCCUCUCCUCUCUCCUCAGCUCGGUUUGCUCGAAUCCCUUGGACGCCGCGUUUGAUCUUGGCAGCGACGCGCCGGGGUUUCUUCCGGUGUCGAGUUCCCCUGUUCUGGCGAGCAGGGCAGGCGCCGGAGGGGUGCUGGGAUUCGCCGGAUUGGGGCCCGGAGGGCAGAUAGGUUGCCCCGAUCUGAGCUCCGGCGCCCAGUUCCCAGGCGGCGCUCGAAUGCUGCUGCCACCCGAGAAUUGCUCGGGUUCAAGCUCCGGUGCCGCUUUCAACCCUUUCGAAAGCUUCGAGAACGCUCCAUUCCUCAGCCGAAGCAAGACGUUGAGGCCUCUGGAGAUAUUCCCUCCGGUGGGGUCGCAGCCAACUCUAUUCCAGAAGCGGGCAGCGGCUCUGCGCCAGAAUUCGGUGGUGGCUGGGCAGAAAGGUGGCAGCUUGGCGUUCUGGGGGUCGGAAGGAGGGGGACUCGGAAGCCAUGGGAGGAGUGGAGUGGAGGAGGAACAUGAGAAGAAUAGGAAGGGGAGUGAGGAGGAUGAGAUGGAUGAGGCGAGCUUCGAUGCCUCGGGUUUGAAUUAUGAUACAGAUGAUGCUGCGGGGGAGAAUGUGAAGGGUGAUGAGAACGCUAAGAGUGGUGGUGGUGGUGGUGGUGGUGGUGGUGGAGGUAGCAAUUCGAAUGCCAACAGUAUGGUGAUGGGCGGCGGAGACCAGAAGGGGAAGAAGAAGGGGAUGCCAGCGAAGAAUCUGAUGGCCGAGAGGCGGAGGAGGAAAAAGCUCAAUGACCGGCUUUACAUGCUCAGAUCUGUAGUUCCAAAGAUCAGCAAGAUGGACAGGGCUUCAAUUCUAGGCGAUGCGAUUGAUUACUUGAAGGAACUAUUGCAGAAGAUCAAUGAUCUUCACAAUGAACUUGAGUCGGCACCUUCCAGUUCUUCAUUGCCUUCUGCAGCUACUGCAAGCUUUCAUCCUGUGACGCCUACACUUCCAACCCUACCAUGCCGUGUGAAGGAGGAGCUCUGCCCAAGUUCAUUACCAAGCCCAAACAGUCAGCCGGCUAGGGUUGAAGUCAGGGUAAGGGAAGGCCGAGCAGUCAACAUCCAUAUGUUUAGUGCCCGUAGACCUGGUCUCUUGCUAUCCACAAUGAGGGCACUUGAUGGUCUUGGGCUGGACAUUCAACAGGCAGUCAUCAGCUGUUUCAAUGGGUUUGCCCUAGAUGUUUUCCGAGCUGAGCAAUGCAAGGAUGGCCCCGGUGUUCUGCCAGAAGAAAUCAAGGCAGUGCUCUUGCACUCUGCAGGCUUCCAAAGUACGAUGUAGCGUGCCAUCAUAGAUGAGUUCCAAUUGCACUGAUGGCUGUUCAUCCUUAUGAGGAGCUGGAAGGCUUCACUGAUUCUGUGUAGUAAUCAAUGCUUUCAAGCCAAAUAUAAACAGUUCGACCGUUCCUUGUGUCUGUAAUGUGGGGAUGAUGCCUAGUAGGCCAAUUCCUUGAAGCUGGCUUGGCAGCAAGGAAAUACUUUCUCGCUCUUUUUCCAUUUUAGAACAAAACUUCUCAGUUGAAUUAUCAAAUGGUAUGAUAUGUGGUUAUGUUCUUCAUUUAAUCUUUUAAGUUGUAAACAUGUGCUUCACAAUUUAGCAUGAGAGUAAGCAGCUCGUCAUUUUUUUAA